AACAAAGUUACAUAACUUUUAGUAUAAAUAGAUCCCCAUACCUAUGGAUUUGCAUGUAUCAUCAAAGUCUUAACUAGUUUACUCAAAAGAGUUUAUAAAACGAGAGAGGAAAAAGAAAAAAGUAAUGGCAAAGACCUUCAACUCUGUCAGCUUCACCGUUUUCUUGAUUGUUCUCGUGAUGGCUUCAACCGGUAUCAUCAAAAGCGAGGCCAGUCCGGCAUGCUACAAUAAGGGUGCUACUCAAUGCCCUAACGCAGCUGACCGUGUUUUCUACCAGGAGUGUGGGGCUGAGCCAUUCGUAGGUGGUGAUUGUGAAUGCUGUAAAUGUUGCAUGCAGACAUACGGUAGCCCUCUAGUCUGUUGGGCGGUUGUUGAGGGAAGUGACAAUCACUGCCAUUGCUACAAACACGUAUGAGGUUUGAAGUACUCCUGUAAUAAAAUCUCAAGUAUAACUGUUGUUUUCAUUCCGUUUGAGGACAUGGCAAGUGUGUGUGUAUGUUCAAGUUUCUUUUGCUUCCAAAUAAAACGUAAAGCACAAAGCUUACCACUGCUUGCUACCCAAGUGUGAGCUCUUGUUGUGUGCACCUUGUGAUAUAUGAUAAAAUUGUUUUGUGUUUGUGUUCCUCAUUCCA